GCGGCCCAGCCCGGCCCAGCCCCGGAGCCAUGCCGCUGCCGUGCCGGGGCUGGACGCUGGCGCUGCUCACGCUGCUCGUCGGUUUCCUCAUCUUCGCCGAUAUCUCGGAGAUCGAGGAGGAGAGCGGGAGUUCUGGAGGCAGAGGUACAAUCAGAUCAGCUGUGAACAGCUUACAUAGCAAAUCUAAUAGAGCUGAAGUAGUAAUAAAUGACUCCUCAUCUCCAGCUGUUGUUGACAGAAGUAAUGAAAGCAUUAAGCACAACAUUAAACCAGCCUCAUCCAAAUGGAGACACAACCAGACACUCUCUUUGAAGAUCAGGAAACAGAUCUUGAAGUUCCUGGAUGCAGAGAAGGACAUUUCGGUGCUGAAGGGGACGCUGAAGCCGGGGGACAUCAUCCACUACGUGUUUGACAGGGACAGCACCAUGAACGUCUCGCAGAACCUGUACGAGCUGCUGCCCCGCACCUCUCCCCUCAAGGGCAAGCAGUUCCCCACCUGUGCCAUCGUGGGCAACUCGGGGGUGCUGCUCAGCAGUGGCUGUGGCCCCGAGAUCGAUGCUCACAGCUUUGUCAUAAGGUGCAACCUGGCCCCUGUGCAGGAGUACUCCCAGGACGUGGGCAUGAAGACAGACCUGGUGACCAUGAACCCCUCGGUGAUCCAGCGCGCCUUCGAGGACCUGGUGAACGAGACCUGGAGGGAGAAGCUGCUGCAGCGCCUGCACAGCCUCAACGGCAGCAUCCUCUGGAUCCCAGCCUUCAUGGCCAAGGGGGGCAAGGAGAGAGUGGAGUGGGUGAACGAGCUCAUCCUGAAGCACCACAUCAACGUCAGGACUGCCUACCCCUCGCUGCGCCUGCUGCACGCCGUGCGAGGGUACUGGCUGACCAACAAGGUGCACAUCAAGCGCCCCACCACCGGCCUGCUGAUGUACACCCUGGCCACCCGCUUCUGCAACCAGAUCUAUCUCUACGGCUUCUGGCCCUUCCCCCUGGACCAGAACCAGCACCCGGUCAAGUACCACUACUACGACAGCCUCAAGUACGGCUACACCUCGCAGGCCAGCCCGCACACCAUGCCCUUGGAGUUCAAAGCCUUAAAGACGCUGCACCAGCAGGGAGCCUUGAAGCUGACAGUGGGGGAGUGCGACGGGGCCACGUAGGGAGGGCGCCUGGCCACGUUCCUGCAGAGCCACGGGAGGAAGGGGAGGGGCAGGAGAGGACGAGGGGUGCCUGGCGGGGUUGGCCGUCUCCGUUAGCGCGCAGGACAGCGACACAAAUAUAUCUACGUGGUACCUAUGUGUAUUGACCUGAGUGUUAUAACUGUUCGGUGUUCACCGGGGGAGGGGCAGGACAGGUGCACCAGCAUCUCGCAGGACUGGCCUGGGCAAGACCCCCAGCCCUGGGGCUUGCUGGACUGGAAGGGAGUUUGCCUUGCGCCCCAGAGGUGUGGAGGGGGUUUUUGAGGUGUGUUAGGUGAUGGGUGACGUUUGUCGUGACUGUCCGAGGUCGGUAGUUAGUUUGUGUGGCCAAGGCGCGUCCUUGGCCCCGUGCUCGUGGCGGGGAGGGAAGGGACGGGAGCGGGGUGGGCAGGGAAGGUUUGUUGGUGGCUCUCACAGCCCAGGGUCCCGUGGCACCGGGCAGGGAGCAGUGCCCAGAUCCAUCCAAGCACAGAGUGCCAGGCUGGGCACAGCCUUCGGGGCAGGGGAAGCCUCUGGGGCUGCAGCUGGGUCUCCAGAGAAUGACGGCAUCAGUGCUGGGCCAGGGGAGGGUGAGGAGGAUGCUGAAUGUGUAUUUCUUCCUUCUCUAAGGAGCAUUGUAGGGAGGAGCAGAGAUGCUGGAACGUGGCAAGAAGGAGCUUUGCUGCCACAAACCAGCACCACUGGUAUUGAGUAGUCUGACUGUGUCACAGAGACACUCAACAUCCGUCAGGGCUCCUGAAAACCAUAAAUAUAUCCAGCUCUAAUUCCCUAAUUCCCAGCUGUUACCUGCUAAGCAGCCUGCCUUCUUUCCCUCUCCAAAAUCUGCCAAAAUAUGGGUGAUAGGCCUAGACCCAGCCAAGCAAAAAGACCGCAGGACUUCAAGGAAUUUUUUCAAGUCUAAAUAAUUUAUUUUCAGUUUCUCCCCAAAGAACCAGCGCACAGCGCUGAAUUCCUGGAGUCCCACUCUGUCAGUCCUUUCAAGCCCUAAUUAUCUCUCACUCCCAACAGUUAAAUAGGAUGUCAGAUGGAUCUUGAUGUGAUGCUUGCCUAGUGAUGAUCAUCAUAGAAAUAAUCUUUCCUUUU